CGAGAGUUUUUUAAGUCAACACACCUAGCUAAGCAUAUUCUGUCGCCACCACGCGGACUGUGUGUCAGAAGUUAGAACAGAAGCUGUUUCAUCACUGGCUAUCAUCUUAACUGACACUUCAGGGAGCCAAUGACUGGCCGUGAAGCACACGCUCUCCUCCAAUCCCUUAACGCAAAUAGUCGCCGGUGCAGGGUCUUUGAGGAAGUCUUUUCCUCGCUUUACCGCAACGUGUAUCUUCUACAAGCAAAGUUUGUGUGCAAUGGGUCGCCGAAAGUCCAAAAGAAAGCCUCCUCCUAAAAAGAAGAUGACGGGAGAUCUGGACUCUCAGUUCACCUGUCCAUUCUGCAACCACGAAAAGUCAUGUGAUGUCAAAAUGGAGAGAAGCAGAAAUACUGGUAUAAUAUCCUGCACGGUCUGCUUGGAGGAGUUCCAGACCCCCAUAACCUAUCUGUCAGAGCCAGUUGACGUGUACAGUGAUUGGAUAGAUGCCUGUGAAGCAGCCAAUCAGUAGCCCUCGUGGAGCUGGAUGUCUUUUAGGAACUGGCUGAGGAUGGGGGCGGGUGGUCCUGGGCCCAUCAGGAUCAAGCUGGUCAGAGGACAUUUAUGAAACUUUUGUUGCUCACAGCUGUCCAUGUGGUCACUUACGAUUUACAGUUGUGUGAACAGCAGUUUCACCUAUCUGGUGUUCAGUAGAAAGUGGCUAUGAAGCCCCCCUGUUGUCUUCUGACGUCUCACCGUUCUGUGUAAGAUUUCAGCCCACAAUUCUAGUUCUGACUCUUGAUGUAUUAAAACAAUUUGAGAGCUUUUUAUUUUCAACAUUUGUUGUUGUUUUUGUAUGGGUCUCAAAAACCCUUUAGCCUUCACAUAGAAGUUGUGUCCUGCUUUUUAUUUUAUAGAUAGAUAUUGUUAGGUGCAGAAAUAUAAUUUUUACAAGAGGCCUGUAGUGUAAGUGAAUGGGUUCCCUCCUUGGCAUUGUAAUGUGAAAUCAAUAGAAAGUAAAAUAUUUUUGGUUGGCGUUAUGAGAAAAGACACGUGAAUAUGUGGAUCUUGACAAAUCAGUGAAUUGGUGCAUUCAAAACUUGAAAAUAUUACGUUUUCCAUGCGCUCAUUCUCUAUCGUACACUCUGACACAUGCAGCAGGGCCUAACUGCAGAGGAUCUUUUCCGGUAUGGCGUCAUUGCCAGGCUUUGCAAGUUGUAGGCUUGAGUGGACCUUUUCUUUGGUUAAUUUUUAACACAGUUCAGCAUGAUGUUACGGGUUGUGUGUCCACAGCUCUCCUCAUCCUCAUAAACACAGUUGUCUCACAACAUUAGGUCAUUCCACUGGAGAGAGGAAUGGACGUGUGAGAUUUAGGCUUAGCUGCUAAGUUCAAAGGAUUUAAAUUCCUAAAUCAUUUAGUUUUUUUACUCAGUUGAAUGUUUGAGAAAUUCAAAAAUUCAAUAAGUACAAAUUGUUAUAAAGUGAACGUUGAGAACUUGAGUGCUUAUUUUCCUAUGCAACAGCCAUCGGUGUUUAAUGUCAUAAAAGCACGCUGU